AUGACUACCCAACAACCAGCAAUAAACACCAUCAAUCCCAAGCAUGAAGCGACAGUUGAUCAUGUAGACUUUCAAGAAGACAUCAUGAAACCCACCGACGUGGAGCAUCACGACAAGUUUGGGUCCCACGCCAAGACGGACCCAAAGGAGAUUGCCCUCGUCAAGAAGCUCGACAUGUACUUGAUGCCUAUUCUCUGGAUCAUGUACUUUCUCAAUUUUCUCGAUCGAAAUGCCAUCGUCAAUGGGAAGCUCAACGGCCUGGAUAAGGAUCUUGGCAUGGUUGGAUCCCAGUACAACACCUGCGUCAGCAUCUUCUUCGUCGGAUACAUCACCGGCAUGAUUCCAUCCAAUGUCUUGAUCACCCGCAUCAGACCCUCUUGGUAUAUGUCCGGGUGGAUGAUGGCGUGGGCGAUUGUAUCGACUCUUAUCUGCGUUGUCAAGAGUUAUCAUGGCAUGCUGGCUUGCAGACUCAUCCUCGGUAUGACUGAAGCUCCCUUCUACUCCGGUGCCUGUUACCUUGUCAGUCUCUUCUACAACAGAAAGGAGACGGCGACUAGACUAGCCAUAUUCUACACUGGCAAUCUCCUCGCGAGUUCAUUCUCCGGCUUGAUCGCAGCAGGUGUCUUUGCUGGUCUUGACGGACGAUACGGUCUAGAAGGAUGGCGUUGGCUCUUCCUCAUCCAAGGUGUCACCACUGUCGGAGUCGCCGUAAUCGCCUUCUUCAUGCUCCCCAACGCUCCCCUCCAGACACGCUGGCUCAACCAAGAGGAGCGUCAACUCGCCCACUCUAGAAUUUCCAGCGACACGACCGAGAAGCGACUCGCUACAGGCAGUUGGUCGGGCCUCUGGGAUGCUGUGAAGGACUACCGAACGUGGAUCUUUGCGCUGCAAGGAAAUCUCCAUCUCUCUGCCAACGGAUUCAAGAACUACAUGCCCACCGCUGUCAAGUCCCUCGGCUUCAACACCACCAUCACCCUCGUCCUUACCUGUCCCCCAUUCCUCAUCGCGACAGCUACAUCAAUCCUUGUCUCAUACUCAUCGGGUCGUCGCAACGAACGGACAUGGCACAUCACCAUCUCAAAGCUCAUCGCGAGUAUUGGCUUCGCAGUAGCUACUGGAACCUACAACAUCGGUGCACGAUACUUUGCCAUGGUCCUCUUCGUUGGUGCAACCUACGGAGUAAACAACAUAAACAUUGCAUGGACAUCUGCAACUCUCGGUCAGACGGACGAGAAAAAGGCAGCAGCGAUUGCCAUUGUGAACACUCUAGGCAAUCUCUCAUUUGUCUAUACUCCUUACCUUUGGCCAGAUAGCGAUGCGCCGUUGUUCCGUCUGGCUAUGAUUGCGAGCAUCGUCUUCUCCAUGGGUGUUGUGGCGACGGCUUGGGUGAUGAAAUUUGUGUUAAAAAGGGCGAAGAAGAUCAGGGCAUCGGAUAAUGAGGCGGUUAAUUUUUACGCCUAUUAA